CCUGCUCUGCACAGUUCUCGCGCGACUUGCUCCCCACCGUUUAACGCCGCAUUACAGUGUGCGACAGAGGCAGGUAAGAUGGCGGCGCAGGAGACUGAAGCAACACAGCAGCCGACCGUGAGCAACGGCGAGGUAAGCAGUAAUGGUGCUGCAGCAUCUGACCAGGUUGUGCAGACAGGUGCGACUGCACAGGACCCUCAGCAGCAGCAGCCGCAACAGCAGCAGCCCAAUGCCUGGCAAGUCAUUAAAGGGGUCCUCUUUAGGAUCUUCAUCAUAUGGGCCAUCAGCAGCUGGUUCCGCAGAGGCCCAUCAACCCCCGACCCAAACACCCCUGCAGGAGCUCCCAGAGUGCCUAGCCGUAACCUCUUUCCCAAGGACACACUAAUGGAUCUAUAUGUGUAUAUCUCUGAAAAUGAGGUCUUUUCAGACUUCAACAACACAGAGGCCCUAUUCUGGUUCCAGAGGGAUCUUGUUUAUGGAGACUGGACAACCGGAGAAGGAGGGGAUGGCUGUUAUGAGCAUUAUCAGGAACUGGACACUCCUGAGAGCGUGCAGCAGAACGGAUCUCUCUAUAUCCACGUCUACUUCACCAAGAGCGGCUUCCAUCCAGACCCUAAGCGCAAGGGCCAGUACCGCAGGCUAGCCACUGUCCACACCACACGGAUGAUGAACAAGUUCAAGCGGCGGAAGUUCCUCAAGACCAAGAACCUGCUAACCGGAGAGACCGAGGCUGAUCCUGAGAUGAUUAAGCGGGCAGAAAGUCAUGGCCCAGUGGAGAUAAUUUCACACUGGCAUCCCAACCUAACAAUCAACAUGGUGGAUGAUCACACAGCCUGGGUAAAAGGCUCAGUCCCACCGCCCCUGGACCAACAUGUGAAGUUUGAUGCAGUAAGUGGCGAUUACUACCCCAUCGUUUACUUCAACGACUACUGGAACCUGCAGAAGGAUUACUACCCCAUAAACGAUACCUUGAAAAAACUUCCUCUGCGACUCACCUUCUGCCCCCUCUCACUCUGGCGGUGGCAGCUGUACGCCGCCCAGAACGCCCGCUCCCCCUGGAACUUCCUGGGCGAGGAUACGUAUGAGCAGUCUGAUGAAGACCAGGACUCUGUUAAGGUAGCAUUGCUGGAGACCAACCCCUACCUACUGGGUCUGACCAUUGUGGUCUCAAUUGUCCACAGCAUUUUUGAGUUCUUGGCCUUCAAGAACGAUAUCCAGUUCUGGAACAGUCGCCAGUCUCUAGAGGGGCUCUCCGUGCGCUCCAUCAUAUUUGGAGUGUUCCAGUCGCUGGUGGUGCUUCUCUACAUCCUGGACAACGAGACCAACUUUGUGGUGCAGGUCAGCGUCUUCAUCGGGCUGCUUAUCGACUUCUGGAAGAUCACCAAAGUCAUGGAUGUCAAGCUGGACAGAGAGAAUAAGAUUGCAGGAAUAUUCCCACGAUUGGUAUUCAAAGACAAGUCCACAUACGUUGAGUCCUCAACUAAAAUCUAUGAUGAUAUGGCCUUUAAGUACCUGUCCUGGCUGUUGUACCCACUCUUUGGGUGCUAUGCUGUUUACAGCUUGCUCUAUGUAGAGCACAAAGGCUGGUACUCAUGGGUGCUCAGCAUGCUCUAUGGGUUUUUGUUAACGUUUGGUUUCAUCACCAUGACACCACAGCUCUUCAUCAAUUAUAAGAUGAAGUCAGUGGCACAUCUUCCGUGGAGGAUGCUCACCUAUAAGGCACUAAACACAUUCAUAGAUGACCUAUUUGCCUUUGUGAUCAAAAUGCCCAUGAUGUACAGAAUAGGCUGUCUGCGAGAUGAUGUUGUGUUCUUCAUCUACCUAUACCAGAGGUGGAUCUACAGAGUGGAUCCCAACCGUGUCAACGAGUUUGGCACAAGUGGAGUGGACCACAGUAAGGACAACUCAGCCAAGGCAGCGGAUGGAGAGACUACCACCACCACCACCACCCCCGCCAUCACAGAUAAACCAGAGGAGGAGAAGAAAAACGAUUAACUCCGUUUUACACCCUCCUUACCCCCCCUUUACCCUCCUGUCUGUGGAAGAUGUAUUCACACAUCUUCAAGGCUGAGUUUAUGUCUAAUUGUCAGGGAAGUGAACUGGAAAAUGGUAUUCUGUAAAUGGACACUGCGAAAGAGUUUCAGUUCAGCUUUCCUCUCUUUUUUUUUUUUGUAUGGGAUCUGCAGAAGCGAAAAAAGAAAAUCUCAUUUAAUGUAGACUUAAUAUUAUUUUUCAGUCUCCCAUUUUGCAGUCAAGGUGAAGUAAAAACAAAAAGUGUGGUGUACUGUAUUGUAUGUUUUUGGGUUGGUUAACACUACUACUAUGAAGGUUUAGAUAAUGUGUAUGGCUGGGCUUUGGAUCACAGUACAUAUCUCCAUAUUUUUUCGUGCAAGAGGGAGAUUGACAAACCAGAAGCCAAGUACGAGCUUGCUCUCCUCCUCUGUGGAUUCCUUGUUCUUUUAUUCCAUUCCAAGUGUGAAACCAGAAUGCGGGUGAGUAGUGCGAGAAGAAGCAGCAGCAGCUGAAGCUCUGCUAACACUUCCAACAGGAGACUGACUUCCCUUUUUUUAAUGGUUGAUGUUCCAAACUUGAAAAACAAAAAACAGCCUUGUAGGUAUUAAUAUAAAGAUAUAUUAAUAUAAUUAUUAUUGGUGAAUAUGAUCAUAGUUUGUUUUUCAGGCUCAGAUUUAUUUCUUUUUCUUCUUUUCUAUGUCCUAAAACUGUACAGUGAAGGCUUGUAAAAAUCUAAUUGUGCUGAUGUCAAACUGUCUAGCAAUAGCUAAAAUGCCGGUCUUCUGACCAAGGACUUUCUUUCCCUCAUCCCCACCCACCAUUGGUUGCAUUUGCGCUCCAGAUCAGGACCAUAAUCUCACGUUGAGUUACAGCUGCAGGGUUUGUUGUAUGCGAGACGUGCGUAGUCUAGUCAAGCGUUCGUCGGACGGAAGGCUGUGUCUUGCUCAUUUUCUGUUUGCCCAAGUUGAUUUGGCUUUUAUUUUGGUACAUUAAAAUUUGACCACUCAUGUUAUAGUAAAAUGUAAGUGCGGUUUAAAGAUUUAAUGCAGAAAUUGUUUUAUUUGACUGUGUGCUUUUGUUUUAAAUUUUUUUUUUUUUUUUUUUUAAAGGUGGACCUUUUUUUAUUUAAGCUACACACCAGAAUCUGAGUAUAAAGUGGUGAAAAACCA